CAGCAACCAUCGGUCCAGUUGGACGAUGCUCCGUUUCUGAAAUACAUCAGCAAUUGUGUGUGAUGUCUCGACUUUGUUUAUUAGGAAGCGCGGGUCUUUAACCUGAUCCCUGAUAUGCAACUUAAUCCAGAACAACUUGGUUUUAGUGAAGGCACCUGGGGCAUCGUCCCUGACAAAAAGGAUGGUGGAUAUCAAUUGCACUGACAUCUUCAACAGGUCUUUCUCGGACCAGGAGAGAUUCAGCAGCCUGGAGGACAUUGAUGUUAUUGCCGACGGGACUCCGCUCCUCAGGAUCAUCAUUUCAGUAGUUUAUUCUGCUGUAUGCGUUGCUGGCUUAGUGGGAAACCUUCUUGUAUUUUUCCUUAUGAAAGCCAAGCAGGGCAGUAAGAGAUCCACAAUAAACUUCUUCGUCCUUAACCUGGCUGUUACCGACUUCCAGUUCGUUUUGACUCUGCCCUUCUGGGCUGUAGACACCGCCCUCGACUUCAGCUGGCCGUUUGGCCAUGCGAUGUGCAAGAUCAUUCUUUCGGUGACUGUGAUGAACAUGUACGCCAGCGUCUUCUUCCUCACCGCCAUGAGCAUCACCCGCUACCGGUCGGUCGCUUCAGUCCCGCGGAGCCGGAGCGGGCGGCUGCGAUGCUCGGUGCGCUGGGCGGCCGCGCUGCUCUGGCUCUGCGCUACCGCGGCUACUGCACCAACCUCCAUAUUUUCCACAGUGACAAGUAUAGCCGGGGAAAAGCUGUGCCUUCUUAGGUUCCCCGACGGCCAGUACUGGCUGGCUCUUUACCAUCUGCAGAAGAUACUUCUGGCAUUCGUCUUGCCUCUGCUAAUAGUGUCUGCAUGCUACCUGCUGCUCCUGCGCUUCAUCCGACAGCGAAGCAUGAAUAGCAGUUAUCCCAAGAGGAGAUCCAAAGUCACCAAAACCGUCACCAUCGUGGUUCUCUCAUUCUUCCUCUGCUGGAUGCCGAACCAUGCCAUCACCUUCUGGGGGGUCUUGGUUAAACUGAACAUGGCACGCUGGGACUCGGCGUAUUACAUGGUGCACACCUACCUCUUCCCCCUGUCGGUCUGCUUAGCGCACGUCCACAGCUGCUUAAACCCGCUGCUGUACUGUCUCAUGAGGAGGGACUUCAGACGGAAGCUGAAGGAUUUGUUCUGGCGAAUUUCUUUACCUGUUAUACAUAAUAAUAAUAACAAUAAUAAUCCAAUGCACCCCUUUUCUGACGAAUUCCAACCACAACAGGAAAACACACCAAACGUUAUUCAUCUCAAUGUGCUUGCCACCGAUCAGUACAGACUAUCCACUAUUAAUGGACAAUGGGAAACAGAUAUAAACAAAUGAAAUGCGUGUAAAUUCAUUCAGUAUUUAAACGGAUAAGCAUAGCUGACGGUAACCUUUUGAACAACAGGCUAUAUUAUGUGCCAAACUGUAGACAAAUACAUGAGUUUGCAUUUGAGUCGUUUAUUUGUGCUUUUUGGAGCUUUAGCAUAAAGUGUUUAUCUUGUUUUCUGGAGAAAAAAAAAUAUUAGGAAGAGCUAGAAAAAAUGCUGUAAAGAUCGAAGAGCCGAAAACUAUGAUUGAACUGAAUAAAUCCAUAUACUGAAUCCAGCCAUAUUUUCUAUCAUAUACAGGAAUUAAACCAAACA